AUGGUUCCAAGUCAGGCCCCGAGCAGCAGCGACGGGAUGCGAAGCAGCAAGUACCAGUUCAUCAAGAACCUUGGCAAAGGAACUUUUGGGUGCGUGGUCCUGGCGAGGAACAAGGAGACCAACGAGCUGGUGGCGAUUAAAAAGCUGGAGCGGGAAUUCCUGCAGGCACGCUAUGUGGAAUCAGAGAUCCUGAACCACUCGGGCCUGAUCCACCAUCAUGUGGUGGCCUUCAGAGAGGUGUUUGUGUCACCGCGUCACAUUAACAUCGUGAUGGACUUUGCGAGCGGUGGGUCGCUGUCUGCGUACGUGCAGCAGCGGCAGCGCCUGAAGGAGCCACUGGCGCGCUGGUUCUUCCAGCAGGUGGUGCUGGCCUUUGACUACUGCCACCGCAAGGGCGUGUCCAACCGGGACAUCAAGCUGGAGAACACGCUGCUGCACAGUGUGGAGGGCCUGCCGCUGCCCCUCGUCAAAAUCUGCGACUUUGGGUGCGCGACCAUCACAUGA